AUGCUGAGCCUCCGCUCUGCCUGUCUAUGCCUCCUCUGGGCCACUGCUGCCCUGUCGCAGAACAUCGUCGAAGAGCUGUCGUUUGGUCACAAACAAGGGAUCUCGCCCAAUUCCUUCGCCAUUCCCGGCUGGGCGAUGUUGGGCGAAGGACACGUGCCGCAACUCCUUUCCGACAAAGUCAUCCUGACGCCUCCAUACGGCGCCAACAAGCGAGGCGCGUUGUGGUCAGAGCAGAAGAACACUCUAAAAGAAUGGACGGCGGACUUCAAGUUCAGAGCGGGCGCAGUUGAUCGGGGAACGGGCCAUCUGCAGCUAUGGUAUGCAAGCAAUGGGGAGAAAAGCGUCAGCACGUCGAGCAUCUACACCGUCGGAAAGUGGGAAGGGCUGGCAAUUGUCGUCAAUACGGUGGGAGGAGUCCAGAAGAUCCGCGGCUUCUUGAACGACGGCUCAAUCGAAUACAAGAGCCAUCCCAACGUCGACAGUCUAGCCUUUGGGAACUGCGACUAUGUCUACCGCAACCUGGGUCGUCCGUCACACAUCAACGUCAAGUCUUCCAACGCCGGGCUCGAAGUCAGAGUGGACGGGAAGAUGUGUUUCGCCACGGACAAGGUGGCUCUUCCUACAGACUACAACUUCGGCUUGACUGCUGCCUCGGCUGAUCCGCCGGACUCGUUCGAGGUCUUUGCCUUCACCCUUUCUUCCAUCUCAGUACCCACUCCACAGCAAGGAAGCCACCAGCCUCCUCCACCAGCUCCUCCAGCAAACCGCGAUCCCGGUAUGUCGCAAUUGGACGACCUUCCGGCUUCGUACUUCACCACUUCUGAAGCCCAGUUCGCCGACCUGCACAACCGGCUUAAUCUGCUGUCAAAGGCGAUCACGAAUCUCUUUGGCGAAAUCACACGCCACACUGCCGCCGAAGAGGCUCGCUACAAGGAGAUCCUGGGCCGCAUGCCGAACGGGCAGAUGAUCUCGUCGCUGGACUCCCGUGUCGCCAAUCUCGACCGUGUGGUCGGAAACCUGGAGCGCGAACUCAAGUCGUCCGACCACAAGGCGCAGUUCGCCAAGAUCUCCGAACAGAUCGCCCAGACGCACGUUGGCGUGACGGAGCACGUACCUCAACGUCUGCGUGAGUAUGUGCAGGCGCACACGCCACGGAUAGGUUUCAUCCUCUACAGUUUCAUGGCCUUCCAGACGUGUUGCAUAGGUGCCUUCGCGUGGUAUAAGUGGCGCAAGAGUACAAUGCCCAAGAAAUAUCUUUAG